AAAAGUAGUUCACUGCAAUUUUAGAAAACAAAAAGAAAGGAUAUACCGGAAUCAGGAAAUUACCAAAUAAAAUAUUAACCAAAUACGAUGCUUUGCAAUAAAGUACAAAUUACAUAAUUACACGACUAACAUAAUCUAAAACAGCAAAAAAUUGGGGAAUCUCAUCGGCUCUGGAAUUAAUAAAAAUGACUCUCUAGGAAUCAGAAGAAAACAAAAAGAACUAAAAAUGCGUCGAUUCUUAGGCAAAUCUCUCUUCACACCGAACCGUUUUCUCAUAAAACCGCAAAUAAAAUUCCAGAGCUUCAGCUACAGCCAGGAUAAAAAAAUCCUCGAGCACUUGACAAAUAGAUCCCUCCUUCGAAUUGGUGGUGAAGAUUCAUUGAGUCUCCUGCAGGGUCUCAUCACCAAUGACAUGCACCACUUCCUCAACGGCGCUGCCAACAUCUACACUCUUUUCCUAAACAUCAAAGGUCGAGUUCUCUACGACACCAUAAUCUACAAACCUCCCGAGGAAAAUUCCUUUUUCUACAUUGAAUGCGAUUCUCAAAUCUUGGACCAAUUGCAGCGCCACCUAAAAGUGUACCGCCUCCGUCGAAAAGUCGAAAUUGAAUCCCUCGAGGGAGAAAUGAAAAUCUGGGCUCUCUUCAAUCCCAGUGACUUUAAAAAAUCUGAAGAGCCAGAUUUGAAACUGGACGGGAGGAUUUUUCCCUGUGGAAAUAACACACAAACGUCGAGUAAAUCGGUGGACAAAAUUAUUAUUUACGAGGAUCCCAGACUCGGGAAUUUGGGUCUCAGGAUUCUCACCGAGUCGAGUGUUGAGAGAGAGGAAAUUGUUAAGCACUUGGAGUCAGAAGGACCUUAUUUGGAGGAAAAAAACCCGAGUUACAAGGAAUUUCGUUACAAACUUGGAUUGGGAGAAGGAAUGGAAGAUCUACCUCCAGGAAAACCUCUUCCCCUGGAAGUCAAUGGAGAUUAUUUACAAGGAAUUAGUUUUCACAAGGGAUGUUAUAUUGGCCAGGAACUCACGGCGAGAACUCAUCACACUGGAGUUGUGAGAAAGAGACUGAUGCCGCUGAUGUUUGAUGAAUUGCCGAGGGAGGAUUUUAAAUAUGACGAGAUGAUUACGAACGAGGCUGGAAAAGCUGUCGGGAAAUUUAGAGGAAGGGAGAAUAAAUUUGGACUGGGCCUGAUGAGAAUUUCGGAGGCUCUCAAUUCACAAAAACUUGAGAUUUGCGGUUCGAGGGUUACGGUUCUGAAACCCUUUUGGUGGCCCCAGGAAUCGCAGAAAGAAGAAUUGUCAGCGAAAGGGAAUAAAUGAUUGUUAGGUAAUUGAACAAUUCGAUUAAGAUCCAUUUUUUAGCAAAGGCCUUCUCAACCUUGACAGAUUUCUAACUUAAAACGUUUAAAGUGGAAUAAUUUGAAUGCAUAAUGUUCAUAAUUGUACGAUUUCAAAUUUAGGUAGUUGGAAAUUAUAGAAGUUACUGGCAGAAAUAAAUAAUUUAAACAUUCAAGAUAGAAAUAUUUAAAGCAGCAACCGUUUUGCAAUGGAAAACGUUUAAAAUUCAAAAUCUAUUUUGCAUGGUUUAGAGGAUUUUUAAUUUUUAAAUUACAGCUUGUAAUGUUCCAAUUUGAAUAAUUUGGGCAUUAUGCAGAUUUUGAAACUGGAAACGUUUGAA